GUCAUCAUCAGAUCCUACAAAUUCGCAAACUGCAUCUCGUUAUCCUGUCUUUACCGCACAUUGUCUGAGACACAUGACCGCGCGUUCUGCGCUUUGGUCAGCCAUUAACCCCUUUCCUCGCUAGCGCGUAAUCCGUGUGCUGGCUUCACCGCAACUUUACGAAUCUUAUUUUGCGACCUGCAGAGCACAAACUUCCUUUUAAGCUCCAGUCCUCCCAUUCAAUCGCACUCAAACUCGACACUUCCAAUCCGCAAGAGCAAGAAAUACAAGACAGAAAGAGAUAGGAAAUGCCGCCCCGAAGUGUAUGCCUGAAUGUAUUCACCACGAGUCUUGGCGAGGCCGGAGCGGCGGUGAGGGAGGGACGAGAAGCCAACCCACAUGAACUCACCUUUGGGAGAAGGGAUUCUGCGCAGAGCCUGCCCGAUGAUGACACUGCUCGCCGCUCGUCCUCAGGGUCGAUUGCCCCUUCUUCAGCCUCCACAUCGCCACCACCAGCGUUCAACCGCGCAGACUUCUUCACUUCUCUGCGUCCCGCAGCUUCUACCCAGAGCCUUAACUCUGCAUUUGCUUUCGGUGCUUCCAAACCUUGCUCGACUUGCUCAGGCCAGACUGCGAGGCUCCGCUGCUCGCGCUGCAAGAACGCGUACUACUGCGACAAGGCCUGCCAAAAAUCUUCCUGGAAAGCACACCGGCAAGUCUGCGAGCCCGGCUCGCAGAUGCUGGGUUACUCUACGCCGGCGACGCCCAACCUUUCCAACCCAACCAGUCCUCCCAACGCCUAAUGUCUGUCCAUAUAUUCCCAAACCGGCGUUUCGCAUGCUGUUGUACAAAUGAAAACGGUCCGAAGAGCAUGCGCAGUUUUCACGGACCGCAUAGAAUGACGAUGGAUGAGCGGUGAAGAUGAGCACGGGCUUUCACAACAACUUGCAUAGCAUGAUGUGGCACUUUUGCAUCCAAGCGUUUCUACAUGGUGUUCUGGAGUUUUACUAGAUCCAUCAAGCAUUCAAUUGCUAAGACGAAUGAACCUUACGACCUUACCC